AGUAUUUUUUCAAGUUACAAAAAAAUGCGACCUUGAUAAUGAUUGAUUAGGUACUUUGAACUUGUAACGAAAUAAUGCUCCAGGGUAUUUCGAGUUCGUCAUCGGCACGCAAAUGUUGCUUUUUUAUAUUGUUUGUUUAUUUAUGAUUUUACUUUUACAAUGCUCAUGAUCCAAGAUUUGGGGUGCCUCUCUUUUUCUCUCUUCCCUUAACCGACGAACCGGUGAAAAAAAAACGUAAUUUCUUUCGGGUCUCACAUUGUCGGUGAAGCAGAUCUCUCAGUUGUUGCACGAUGUUCGUGGUAAACACAAGUGUUUCUUUCGCUCACUCGUAAUUGAGCAGUUUUGAGCAAGUUCAUUACCUAUCUAGAGGUUAAUUAUAGCACACAUAUAUAAAUAAUAAAUCGUCUAUUACAUAUUCGAAAGAAUACUUGCGAAGUAUUCGAAAAUUAAUUAUGAAUCUGUAUAAAAUGGGUUCAAAAUGCAAUUGGAUGUGGUUGCUGCUCUUUUCACUGUUCUCCUGUCUGGAUACAAGUCAUUCCCUUAAGAUCUUGGGCCUUUUUCCGCAUCCAGCCAUCAGUCACUUUCAGUUCUUUCACCCGAUUCUGCGCGGUCUGGCGGAAAGUGGUCACAACGUGGAUGUCAUCAGUCCGUAUCCGGAUGCACAGCCACCAUUUGGGUACACAGACUAUCCGCUAGCCAGUAACUUCAGCAUUACACUGGACUUUAAUAUCUUUGAGGGACGUCGCCUGUCAUUUCUGCUGCCUUAUGUGGAUUUUUCGUACCUCUAUGCCUAUGGCAACGAUGCUUGCCGCGAGACUCUUUAUAGCGAUGGAUUGGAGCAGGUGCUCAAGCAUCCACCAGGCUAUUAUGAUGUCAUACUCAUGGAGCACUUCAACACGGAUUGCCUAAUGGGCGUGGCCUACAAGUUAAAAGCUCCUGUUGUGGCCCUCUGCAGCUCCGCCAUGAUGCCUUGGCACUACGAACGCGUGGGCGCUCCCUUGAUUCCUUCGUAUAUAUCUGCUCUGUUCCUGGGUCAAUCACAGCAGAUGGACUUUGGCGCACGCCUGGGUAACUGGGUGGCCACGCACUCGCUCAACUUGCUAUACAAAUUGUGGUGUGUGCCUGCUGCUGAUGAGCUGCUCUUACAAAGAUUUGGCCCUGGCAUUCCAAGCACUGCUGAGCUGGUGAAGAACACCUCACUAAUACUCCUCAACCAGCACUUCUCGCUGAGUGGCCCCAAGCCACUGCCACCCAAUGUCAUCGAGGUGGGAGGCGUGCACGUCCGGCAGCCUAAGCCUUUAAGUUCGCAGCUGCAGCAGUUACUGGACAAUGCCGAGCACGGCGUGAUUGUCAUCAGCUGGGGAUCGCAACUCAAGGCGCACUCUUUAAAUAGCGAGAAGCGUGAUGGCUUGCUGCGUGCAUUGGCGCGUCUCAAGCAACAGGUGAUCUGGAAGUGGGAGAACGAAACGUUGCCCAAUCAGCCAUCAAAUGUCCACAUCAUGAAGUGGCUGCCACAAAGAGACAUACUGGGACAUCCCAAUGUGCGCAUCUUUUUCACUCAUGGUGGACUGCUUGGCCUAACCGAAGGCGUCUCCAGUGGAGUGCCCCUCGUUGGCAUGCCCAUUUGUGGUGAUCAGUUCCUGAACAUUGCUUCACUCGUCGAACGUGGCAAUGCAGUGAAACUGGACUUUGCCACCCUCAGCGAGGAGACUGUUUUUGAGGCUUUGUCGCUUGCCUUGAAUCCGGAGUACAAGUUGAAUGCCCAACGGAUUGCCACCGCAUACAAUAACCGCCCACAGCCGCCGUUGGACACUGCCGUGUGGUGGGUGGAGCAUGUGGCAGAGACGCGUGGUGCACCACUGCUGCAGCCCAGUGCUGUGCAUCUCAGUCGCUUUGUUUACUACUCGCUGGACGUGUACUCGGCCAUUGCUGGAGUGCUGCUAAUAAUCCUCAUCAGCUUUGUGGCACUCUGGCGACUCUGCUGCCGCUCCAAGCCCAAGCGGAAGCAGAAAUCCAAGCGCAAUUAA